AUGGCGCAUUUGACGACGGCGAAGCCCAGCCGGAGCGACGAGAUUUUGAGUAUCGAGGAGCAACUGAGGAUCGCUGAUGAGAUCAGAGCCCAAUUCGAUGCCUUGCAACCCCGGCGACCCAUCAAACCCAACAGAAGCGAACCCGAACCGCAACACCCCGUUCAUCACGCCCUCUCUGACAUCAACAUUCCUGAGCUUCACAAGUUUCAAUCCCUUCAAUCUCGCUCUCAGGAUACAAUUUCAUCGGCGAGGGAGGUGGAUGCACAGGAUGAGUUUGUGGAGACGCAGUACUACAAAGAAUUGGCGUCCAUUGACAAACAGCAUCACACGACAGGGACUGGGUUCAUAAAGGCUGUAACAGAAGGCAUGGAAGGUGGGUAUAAGGUUGAGUUGCCCGUUAUCAUUAGCCAUGUUAAUCUAGCUGAAACAGAAACCCAACGCAGAGGAUUUAAAAGCAACCCUGCCACCAAUGAAUGGGUUCCUACCUUUGAUGAAUAUCAGGUUUUUGUCUCCUCAAAGCCUAAUAGAAGCGAGUGUACCUGA